AUGACGGGUGAAGUCAAACACAAGCUAAGCCAAUUUGCUGAUGACACGAUGUUGAUACUCGAUGGCUCAGAGGGCUCUUUUUGUAGAGCAACCGAGGUUCUAGAUGGGUUUCAAGUGACUUCUCGCCUUAAGGUAAAUUAUGAGAACACCAAAGUGCUCUGGGUGGGUUCGGCAAAAAACAGAGGCCCUACAGAGUGCAACAGGCCUGAUAUCUCCUGGGUGGAGGGGAAAGUCUUUGCAUUAGGUGUGUGGUUCGCAACGGACAGAAACGAAAUGCUCCGUUCUAACUAUGAUGAGAGGAUUGGGAAAAUAAAAAACGUUAUGAAACAUGGCAAUUUAGGAGACUCACAUUAUUGGGAAAAAAUCACUCUUAUCAAAAGUCUUCGGGCCUCCCAACUCAUUUAUAUUUUGACUCUUCUCCCUACUUAUACAAACGCCCUGCAAACGGUCAACAAACUUCUUUUUUGAGUUCCUUUGGGACGGUAAAGGUGACAAGAUUAAAAGAGAGCAUAUUAUAAAGGAUUAUGAGCAGGGUGGUUUGAGGACGAUUGAUAUACAUACGUUCAAUAAGUCUCUAAAGGCAUCCUGGAUCAAGAAGUACCUUGACCCGACAAAUAAUAGAAGAUGGAAGUUUUUCUUUGAUGUGAAAGAAUUUGGGUGCAUGAGAAGACACAAGUGAUUUGCACUGUAAGUAUUACGUACACUAGGCUUGUCUCUUUUGGGUGUCAUAAUCCAGUAGUUAAUCCCAUAUUAAAUGUCAUGGAUCAACUGGCUCAAGGCAUCAACACUCUCAAUUUAGCGUCUGGAUAAUCUUACUAUGUCACUGUUCAGAUGUCAUGUUUUUUGCCCAGCUAUCUUUUCUCUGCAGUUUCGUAUUUCAAGCGCAUGAGUCAGUAGCAGUAGAGAUGGCACCAAAGAAGGGUUGCUCGCCCUUCACUCAGAUCAUCAGCCCUGAAUUAAGUCCACAAUUGAGCUCAUACAUUCCUAGUUUGAGAGUUUGUGGAUCAACGCUGACACAAUAUAUUAAGCAUUUGCCUGUUGUUGCCAGUUUUCCAGAUGAUUUUCAAAGAAUCGACAGUGCCUACAUUCAGCUGCAAGAUCGCCACCAUUGCUUAAACAAGCAGUCUUCAAAUGCAAUGGAAAUUGUCUGUUCCUCAUUUGGGUUCAUAACCACUCUGCUUCCCCAUUCUUCUUUGAAAAGUUCUGAGUUCAUUUUGCAGCUGAGAGAUUUGCUGAACACUGUAGAUCUCAGUGACAUUUCUGUUGACGAGCAAAACGAAAGCCAAGCAAACAAAGAACAACCACGUGCUUCACAGCACUUGGAAAUGCCAAUGACACCAAGGAACAAGGCGUCUUCAUCUGUGGCAAUGACUUCCCCUUACAGUGGAAACUUGAAAAGAGCUAAAAACAAGAAUGUUUCCCCAAAUCUAAAGGAGAUCAGUGAAAAGGAAGAUUUGGAUACUUCAGAAAAGGUGCUGUUGAUGAAGCAGUGAAGCAGUCGCGUCAUCAAGAACGUGCAUAACGUGUGCGAAAGAAACGGGGAAAGUUUGGCAAUGGUGCUUUCAAACAUGUACAUUUGGCGACCCAGAAACGAAGGGCAUCGUCAAUGAAAUUAACGAGUAGUAAAGAGGAGUGUGGAAGAGCUAGUUAGCAAUGAUACAAUGUCAAAGUAUGUGGUGUGCCUGAGAGUUCCUGAUUGGAAGCUUGUCCUCUUCCAGGUGAUGGUGCAACGAUACAACUGCAAGCCCCAUUGUUGAAGCCCCUUAUUUCUUUUGCUUUAUUCCCCAAAGUGAAGCCUAGUAUGAAUGUUUAUCAAAAGUGCCAGGAAAUUUGGUUAUUAAACAUUAGGAUUUUUUCUCGCUUAACAAGAGUUGGUGAACUGUAAUGAGGAUUACUUUUUUCAAUUUGUAUAAACAGAUGGCGGUCCCACAACUGGUUAUGAGAAGUGCUAAUGAGUGUCAAGUAUUCCUGGCUAGAAUGUAAUGUAAUUCUCUUAACCUGCAACUUUUUGGAUAUAACAUAUGUGAGCCCAUUUUGGACAGUCUUAUGAUUAUACUAGAAGUAUGUUUCUUGCACACGUCCCAAGGCUGUGAUUAGGGGAAGCAUUAUAAAAAAUAUGUUAAAAAAAGAAAGCAAAAUCAAAACGACAAAAAAACAUUUCAUCCAGCAUGAGUUGAACGGUGAGGGAUGUAGCUAAGGAAAAGAUAAGCAGGCUUUUCUCAUUAGUCAAGCCAGCUUUUUUCCUCAACUUCAUCUUCAAAAUUCCCCCAUGUCUUUUUUUUCAAGAGCAGUUUAAGCCAGUGGUAAGCUCUUUUUCAGUUGGUGAAAUAAGUUAGCAGCCAGCUCUAAGCGGCAAACUCCGGACCAUUAACAUAUAAGAUCAUCACCCUACCCAUUAAUGUGCCAUAACACCAAGUGUAAAAUGUUACCUUUAAAUUCUUUUCCCAUGAAAUUCUGCCACUAGAUGCUGUUCGAACUGGUGGAGCUGUAUUUAUCAGUAAUUCAAAAAAUAUAUAUAGGCAGGGUCUUAGUGGUAAAAGCCGUACCUUAACUCAUUUCGUCACAUUUGAAAAACAUAUAACUGACAAUGUGAUACAGUUUCUCAUAAAACGGCCACAGAGUCCCUUGGUUACUACAGAGGUUGAUUCUCCAUAUCAUUUGUUUCCUAGGGCUAGUAGGAGACAGGAAACAAAGAAUCAACCUAGAUUAAAAAGGUUAACCUUUGCUUUCGAUCACUUGCUUUCUGUUAUUUUCUUAGAAAUCCUUUCACAUACCUGUUCCCAUCAACUUGAACCAGAUAAAGGCAGCUAAGAAGAUGGUUAUUGGGCUUUGCAAGGAAUAUAUGGGGGUUAAGAAGGUGCCUCCUCCUAUACAAGGUUUCUCUGUGAAUUUGACCUCUGUUGUGGGGUUGAUUGUAAGGUUACAAAGGCUGCACCAACUCUCUUCACUGGCAUUGUGA